AUGUCUUUCCCUUCUCCAGACAGCUCGAAUCCCUCCUUCUCGAUGUCCGCGUACAUGGUCCCCUCCAGGAACUCAUACUCCGAGUCCGACGACGAGCUUGCCUCCCUCCCUUCAGAAACUACAAAUGACUCCGACCUCGAUACCUUGUCUGAAUAUUCAUCUGAUGCCGAGGCAGAAUGGCAAGAAAGCAUUGAACAACUGGAGCUGCUUUUGAGUAUGGUCCUGGUACCCUUCAUUGGGAAAUACCUGGGUCGACGAUGCGCAUAUUGGAGUUGGACGCGAUUCAUGCAGUGGCAGUACCCGGUUGAGGUGGUGAUGCAGAACCCGGCUGCAUUCAAGGCAGCCGGUGUGAUCGAGGCGGCUGCGACUCUAUGA